GAUGCACAUUAUAUAGGGAUUGUCGGGAGUCCGGAUGGAAAAGAUCAUUGUAUGGGAACAGCUGCAGCUCAGAAGGGUUAAGGGAUCCCUCAUUCAAUACCCCCGCCCUCCUCUUUCUCUCAGCUGUUCUGAUUAGCGAGACGGACAUACAGACAGAAGGAAAGAUAGACAACGGGCAAAAGUGAUAGAAGAAGAAACAAAAAAAGCAUUCUGGACCUACUUAUUUUUCUGUGCCAUUCCUGAUGCAUGCGGCUACUUUGGAAGGGGAUAUCUUUUAAUUAAGCCUACAAUCCUCCCCAUGCAACAUGAGUGAUCCCCAGACCACCGCAUUCUCACGGCAAGACUCUGAACCUCUUUCAAUGAAUGACUUUUGGCAAGAGGUAGAACAUAUAAAACAGACAAGAUACUCUGAUGUUGAAGAAUGCAGUUCUUCUGAGCCCAACACUCCAGAAGAGGGUGAAGCAGAGGAAGACUGGCUGCAGGACACCGGCCUCUCUCCCCUUAUUGGUGACCAAACCCCAGUAGAAGACAAUGUUCUUCUCUUAUCCACCUUGACCAGAACACAGACUGCUGCUGUACAGAGACGCCUGGAUAGCUACAGCUGCUCCCUCCGGAAACGUUGCAAGCAACCGACCCGAGAUGUCAGAGAGGUGUUUGAUGUAACCCGCAUCCAAGACUGCCUUCCAGAAGAAAACGGGGUAUCUGACAAGAGAGCACCCCCUCUUGUCAAUGGGAAUAACUUGAAACCUUCACCAAACCACCUCAAAGUUUCAGAGGCCUCCAACAUACUUUACACUGAUGUGGCCUACUCUGAACAGGCAGCUUUUGGACCAAAAGCAGAGAGCAAGACAUCAUUACAACCAGAGUCUCUACCUAAUAUUAACAUCUAUAAAGGUCGUCUGGGAGUAACCCGGGUGUCGGACUUGUCCCCUCUUGACGUGAAACCGAUCCCCUCUCUUGCUCUUAUUGAGCUGACUGCUCUGUUUGACGUUUUGGAUCUAGAGCUGAAGAGGAAUAAGGCUGUGAAACGGAAAGCCGCUGAGGGCCGACUGUUUGGGGUUAUGCUGAACGCUCUUCUGGAACAAGACCAGAAGGUGGUUCCCCACGCGCGGAUCCCUCUGAUUCUCGAAGCGAUUCUGACGUGCCUGGAGAAAAAGGGUCUUACAGUUCAGGGUAUCCUAAGGGUUCCUGGCGCGCAGGCACGAAUCAAGACCUUGCAGCAGAGACUGGAGAGAGACUUUUAUGGUGGACUCAUCUGUUGGGAUGACGUGAAUCCGCAUGAUGCAUCUGGUCUUCUCAAACUCUUCCUGCGUGAGCUCCCCGCGCCUUUACUAACGGCGGAAUACCUUCCAGCCUUCAGUGCUGUGCAAAAUAUUUCUGACACGAGACAAAAGCUCCAAGCGCUGAACCUCCUCGUUUUGGUGCUUCCAGAGCCGAACCGCCACACUCUUAAGGCUCUUCUAGAGUUCCUGCACAAGGUGGCCUCUCAUGAGAAGAGUAACCUCAUGUCUAUGUGGAAUAUCGCCACUAUAAUCGCCCCCAACCUUUUUCUGUAUCGAGGGAGCAACCUCAAGAGUGUAGAAGGAGGGGGGAAACAGCAGGCCGAAGGUGUGGCUGGGGUAGUGAUGGCCAUGGUGCGGUACCAAGACCUGCUCUGGACAGUACCAACGUUUCUGCUGUCUCAGGUCCGCAAACUAAAUGAAAGCAGAAGCAAGAGGUCCGCGUUUGGUGAUCAAAAAAUACGGAAUUUCCUGCGCAAAAUCCACAAGGAUAAAGAAAAACAAGAAAAGAACCAGACUGAGCCCUGUAAGCAAGUGAAGGUUCGGACACCCCUGUUCGUGAGAGACACCUUGGUCAUUCAGCUAAAUGAGGAGACAAGAGCAUCGGAUGUCCUGCAGCAGUUCCAGAAGCAAAUGACGCAGCGCAACUGGCAGAUGAACAACGUGGCCUCGAUGAAAUGCAAUGGUCCCAUUGAGUUUCCGAAACUGGACCUGUAUGAAGUUGGAGGGAAUAUCUGUGAACGCUGCCUGGAUCCAGAUACCUACUUACUUGACUUACAAACUGUGAAUCCUAAUGGAGAAUGGGUAAUAAAGGCCAGGCACCCGUCUCCUCCCGUCUUAUAGGGAUUUCUCAGCUGUGCGAUCAGCAUGUCAGACACAGAACAUUGAGGCAUGAUCUGUAUUUACCCGGAUGUUCUGGGCUUUCCAUCAUUAAACCGGCCAAAGUGUCAGAAUCGUGCUACAGAGAGCUGACGAGUUCCUAUAGAAUAAGGGCACGUCGUAGGAUGUUGGGGAUGACUUCUUCGUAAAGUCUUAACCGCGUUUCUAAAACGACCCACGCCUUUGGUGCCAAGCAGGGUUGCCGUGUCUGCAGUACAUGUCCAUUUCACAUAUUCCUGGACGUUACAAUUGCUGGUCAGCAACAUGUGAAAUGCACGCGUGUAACGGAAAUAAUGGCGAAUAUGUCAACCCCAGUCGACUCGAAGCGGAUAUUCGAUUGUUCUUGGUAUCUGCGUUCUGCGUAUGCUUUACUCUGGGACCGGGCCAGAUACCCUUAUAGCUUCCACCCUCUACAGUGUUAAAACGGUCAGAAUCUUCAGGGGAAAGAGGUACGUUCUUACUUUAGAUGUGAAAGAAAAGAUCUAAGCUGGAGCGAGAGACGUUGUAUACUCUUCUGCUCCAGCAGAGGUCACUUGUGUCCCUUUCUUCCAUGUGAGAGACUCCAACCUGCGCAGAAAGUGAAUCUGUACAAGAAUAUGUCAUUUACCAGUUUUCUACAGACUGACACCAAGGUUUCUAUUAUAUAUAUAAAAAAAAAAAAACACACAAUAGAAAAACAAACAAAAAUAUAUUUUGUUAAGUUUCAUGUUUAUUUUUUUUCAAUAAAACAGAAAACAUAUUUGCUGUA